AAUGUACAUUAAUAAUACAAUAUAAACUACCUCAUUUUGGAAAAUCUAUAGAGAAUUACAAAGAAAUGUUUAACCAAUCUUAAAUUGUAUCUCACCUUAGAAAAAGAUAAAGGCUAGAUCAUUUGAACUUGCUUCUAAAAGUAUGUUAAUUGAAGAAGUUAAAAAUUCACCCAAAUAAAGACUAAGAAAAAUAAUCAAAUCUCCAACCAUUCUUACAUAAUUUGGAAUUCCAAUUAGAAGAGUUUCCAAAGUGGAAAGAGCAGAUAUUCUAGAAAUUCUUUCCUAAAGAAGUCUUGAUAUCUAGGAUUAAAAAAUUUAGCCAUAAGGUAAAAUUAGAAGAGUGACCUUUCACGAAUAUUAGGGAUAAAAAUAGAAACGAUUGAAUCAUUUAGUGCCUCAUACUUAAGUUUAUUAGCAUUCUCAUGAAGCUGUGAUUGUUAAGAAGAAAAAGAUCAAUAGAUUGAAAAAUCAAUACAGUAUAAUAUGUUACAAUAAGAAUUUUUAUAGAGAUCCAGACAACGCAAAACAAAUGGAGAAUAAAAAAGUAAAAGUUGCCCACUUAAAAGAUUACCUAAAAUAACACAUAAGAGAGCCAAAUCCAUAGCUGACUAAAUAUAUUAAGGUCCUAUUCUUCCUAUUGAUUUUGAAUUAUAAAGAAAAGUAGCUCUAUUAUGCUUUUAAAAAAGGAGGAAUACCUUAUUAAUGUUUAGAAGAAAAACUUGUAUAUAAGAUCGUAAAACAUUAUUUGUGCCUAAAGAUAAAUUAUUAAAUUUUUAAGAAACACUUUAAAAACAUUUUAAAUAACAGGAAGAUCAAUUUGAGACUUCAGGUGAAUCUUCACCAUUACCGAAUAAAUUAUUAUAAUUUCAAUAAACCAUCAAUUUAAAAACCAAACCAUAUAUUCCUGAAAAACCAUAAUUGACUCCAAGAUAUAUUAAUAAUAAUGAAUAUUCCAUUUUUCAUAGAAAAACUUCUUUUAACAUUAUUAAUAAAUAUCUGUAAGAAAAAUAGGUUAAAAAUAAAUUCUGUUUAUCUCCACCAAAUCAAUAAAUACCAAAAAUUCAAUCACCAACUUUAAAAGAAAUUAAUUUAUAUUUUAUGUCAACUAAGAGAAAUACUGAUAAUACUUCAAAAUAAUCUUAAUAUACUUAACAGAGUUAAUUAAAAUCCUAAAUUUCAAUACAUACUUCAAGAUCUAAUGGUAUCAAAGAAAUUGAUGAAUUGUAAUUGCAUUAAACGAAAAAUCAAUAAAUUAAAAAUUUUGAUUUUAAAAAACUUUCUUAAAAUACCUCAAUAACUCACAUUAAAACUUAACCAUGUGAGCAUCAAGGAUCAAAAACGAAACAAUAUUAUUUAAAAAAAUUAAAACCAUAUUAUUAGUGA